AACUCAAGUUAAAAUAAAUUUCGAUCGAAUCCGAUCACUGUCAUAUUAGUUUAAUUAAAAUACAGCUAAAGCAAGUGAAUUAAAUAACAAAAAUAAUUCAUAGGGCUAGUUAAGUGUCUAGAGAAACUGAGGAAGAUGAUCGUUUAUUGAAAUUCGCAUUGAAAAGUGGAAAAUUUUAAAGUGCAAAGUAAUUGGUUCUUCCAAAUGAUUUAAAAAGAUCCAGAAGUGUUGUUAAAUUGGAAUUAAUGAUCAUAAUAAGGAGAUAAUAUGCAAAUUAAGAAUAAAAAGUUGAUCAGAAUGUGUAUAAUGAGAAUAAUAAUGUCAUAAUGAAGAGUUUAUUAAUAUAUUUAAUAAAAUUGACUGAAUAACGCAGCAGCAAAAACAAAAACGGAGAGAAAGGAACAAUAAGUGCUAAUGUGAAUGAUACAAUAUUUAUAAGCUUAUGUCGCCGAUUUUAACCGGCAUAAGUGUUAAAUAAUACAGUUUUUAUUUUUAUAUUAAAACCAUUAAAACACAAAAGAGAUAAAGGAAGACAGAAAAGUCUAUAAUUUAUUUUGUGUGAAAAGAAAAUUAUGAAAAAAUUCCGCAAUCUAUUUUGUUGGAAGUUAUUAACAAAUUUGCUGUUCCUCAUCAUCAUCAUCAAUGGAGCUUAUGCUGGCCAACCAUCAACAUUAAGAAAUACACUUGCUUCACAUAGAUCAUCAUCAUCAUCAUCAUCAUCACCAACCCUUCUCAUAUUUACAACAUAUCAUGAUAUACGCAUUGCAAAUUUGUCACAGAAUCAUGUUAACAGCAUUACAACAAUUACAAAAGACUUGGUUGAAGCAGCCGGAUUAGAUUUUUAUUAUGAUAAGCAGUUAAUAUGUUGGACGGAUCAAGGAAUGGAAGCGAUACAAUGCAAGAAAAUGAACUCAACUUUUUAUACAGACGUACAGCCAACAGGACAGUCAGAAUUAGAUGAAUUAGCAGAAAAUAUUGAUAAAGUAGAUAAAGUCAGCAUAAUUACAAAGAGAAUCGAGAAACCAGAAGGUCUAGCAAUCGAUUGGUAUACAGACAAAAUUUAUUGGGUUGAUGGUGAACUUAAUCGAAUAGAAGUGACAACGUUGAAUGGAAAAUACAGAAAAUUGCUGUUUUGGUCUGAUUUGGAUCAACCUAGAGCAAUAUCACUGAUUCCUGCACAUCAAUUGAUGAUUUGGUGUGAUUGGGGUGAAGUGCCGCGCAUUGAGAGAGCCUCAAUGGAUGGCGAUAAAGACAGUCGAAUGAUACUCGUUAGUGAUAACAUUUAUUGGCCUAAUGGACUUACUGUUGACAUUGAGAACGAUUUGAUUUAUUUUGUGGAUGGUAAACUUCAAUUUUUGGAUGUUAUGAAUUUAAACGGAACUGGACGUCGGACGAUAUUGAGAGAUUUAAAUUAUCCGUAUAGUGUAACGUACAUAAAUGAUAUGCUAUUUUGGAGUGAUUGGAAUGCAGGAAAAAUAAAUUCCUACGAUUUAACGACGGGUGAAGAGAAAGAAGUAAUUGAUGCUUCAGAAGUUCCCAUAACUGUUCAUGCAUGGAAUCAUGCUCUUCAGCCAUCAUCGCCGAAUCCAUGUCGAACAAAUAAUGGAAAUUGUUCUCACUUAUGCUUGCUGUCGUCGACAAGUUCAAAGAAAUAUUCCUGUGCAUGUCCAACGGGUGUGAAAUUGAUAUCAGAUACACAAUGCGCUAAUGGUCCACAAAAUGUCAUUUUUCUUGUACAACGAACACAAAUUAGUCGAAUUAGUUUGGAUUCACCAGAUUACACGUGCUUUCCAUUAUCAUUGGGAAAAGUUCGAUCAGCAAUAUCUAUCGACUAUGAUCCAGUUGACGAUACAAUUUUCUGGUCUGAUGAAGAUCAAAGAGUAAUCAAAAAAUCUAGACAAGAUGGAACUUUAAUAAGUGAUGUAAUUAAUACAGAAAUUAAGCAGCCUGAUGGAUUGGCAGUCGAUUGGAUUGCAAGAAAUCUUUAUUGGACAGAUUCUGGAUCUGAUAGAAUUGAAGUGUCUAGGCUGAGUGGACUUUACCGAAGAGUAUUAAUCAAUAAUAAUUUAGAAGAACCUCGAGGAAUUGCUGUAGCACCAACACUUGGAUGGAUGUUUUGGGGAGAUUGGGGACGAAAACCAAAAAUUGAAAGAUCAUCACUUGAUGGAACUGAACGAGUUGUACUUAUUAUGGACGAUAUUGGAUGGCCAAAUGGAAUUACUUUAGACAUUGAGAUGAAAAAAGUUUAUUGGUGUGAUGCGAAACUCGACAAGAUUGAAUUUGCAAAUAUGGACGGAACAGAUAGAAGAGUUCUUCUAAAUGAAAACUUACCACAUGUUUUUGGUCUAAGUGUACUUGGAAAUCAUGUCUAUUGGAGUGACUGGCAAAGCAGGAAAGUUGAAAGAGCUAAUAAAAAUACUGGAAGUGAGAGAAUCGCUAUUGCUGACAAUUUUCCAGAAUUAAUGGGAUUAAAAGUUACAAAACUGCAAGACAUUAAAGGCACAAAUCCAUGCAUGAAUAAAAAUGGUGGAUGUCAACAUUUAUGCCUUAAUCGACCCCAUGAUUAUGUCUGUAGAUGUCAAGUUGACUAUGAAAUUGGAAAAGAUCGUAAAAGCUGCAAUUUACCGACAGCAUUUAUGUUAUUUGCAAAAGGCGACAAUAUUGGAAGAUUAAGUAUUGAAUUUAGUGAUGAACAGAACUACAACGAUCACAUUAUUCCAUUAAAAGAUGUUCGAGAUGCUGUCAAUAUGGAUGUAGACAUAAGUGAUCGUAGAAUUUAUUGGAUUGAUCAGAAACUUAAAACAAUUUCAAGAGCUUAUAUCAAUGGAUCUGAUGUUCAAAGGAUUAUUGAUUUAGGUUUAGUAUCACCUGAAGCUGUUGCUGUAGACUGGAUUGGUCGAAAUAUAUUUUGGGCUGAUUCUGAUGCCAAAAGAAUUGAAGUUUCACGUUUAGAUGGAACAAGUCGAAAGAUUCUUGUAUGGAAAGGAAUUGAAGAACCUAAAAAUUUAGUAAUUGAACCUAAGAAAGGCUACAUGUUUUGGUCAGAAAGACCAUCAGAUACAAUAAAACGAGCAUCGUUAGAUGGCACUGAUAUUCAAACAAUUGUUUCGAAUGCAAAUAAUCCAACAAGCUUGACAAUCGAUUCAGAAGGCAGAAGACUUUAUUGGUCAACAGAAGUGGAACCAACAGGCAUAGAAUCAGUUGAUUGGGAUGGAAAGAGAAGAACAUUAUUGAAUUUAGAUGGAGGUGAUGCUGAAAUCUCAUUUAUGCCACGAUCUUUGACACUUCAUCAAGAUUUCAUUUAUUGGGUUGAUUGGAAUAGUGGAGAUAUUGAACGUGCUAAUAAAGUAACUGGAUAUAAUCGUACAUUGGUCUAUAAAAAUCUAGGAGAAGCAUCGAGUCUUGUUCUUUUUCAUAGCAGCAAACAAACUGGAACUAAUCCUUGUCGUGUCAAUAAUGGUGGAUGUUCUCAUUUAUGCUUGACAUUGCCGGGACAACGGAAGAAGUACACCUGUGCCUGUCCAACACACCAUACAUUGGCAAGUGAUGAAGUCAGUUGUAUUCCACCAAGAAGCUACUUAAUUUAUAGCAUGAAGACAUCUUUUGGAAGAUUAUUACCAAAUUCUAGUGAUUCUCCAGACGCUUCAUUGACUGUGUCUACAAAAUACAUCAGAGCAGUUGAAUAUGAUCCAAUUCAGCACUACGUUUAUUGGAUCGAUGGACGAGGACAGAUCAAAAAGUCUUUAGAGAAUGGAACAAAACCAACUUUAUUAAUCGGUGGAUCUGGAAGUCAUUCUCAGCCUUUUGAUUUAGCUGUUGACAUAAUUGGACGAAUGCUCUUUUGGACAUGCUCUCAUGCAAAUACAAUCAAUAUCACAAAUCUUGAUGGAUACGCAAUUGGAACUGUCGAUACUGGAAAUUCUGAAAAGCCAAGAAGCAUUGCUGUUCAUCCUACAAAAAGACUGCUUUUUUGGACUGAUGUUGGAAGCAGACAAGCGGUGAUUCGAGCAAAAUUGGAUGGCAGCAGUAGUAUGGUCUUUGCAAUUCAAUUGGAAGGAGUUACAAGUCUUGCAGUUGAUCCAAUCUCUAAUUUGGUGUAUUUCGCUCACGGAAGGAAGAUUGAGUAUAUGGACAUAAAUGGAGGAAAUAGGAAAGUCCUAAUUGCAAAUAACAUCAAUCAAGUUCAUUCGAUUGCUGCAUUUCCAAACGUCAUCUACUGGCUGGAUGAUAAGUUUGGACUAGAAAAAGCAACAUUAAAUGGAGAGUUUCUGAAGCUAGAAAAGAAAUAUAAUCAUAUCACAGAUAUAGUAGCUGUAUGGCAUCCAGAACCAAAGGUUAUUAAGAAUCACUUAUGUAUGUCAUCUAGAAAUAAAUGCACGCAUAUUUGCAUAGCUACAUCUAAUAACAGUAAAGCUGAUGAGUUUUGCUCAUGUCCAGCUGGUUUGAUACUUUUGAAAGAUAAGAAAAGCUGUGCUGCGUUGCCUGUGUGUGGACCUGAUCAUUUUACAUGCGCUUCACCUUACACAAGUAAUGGAUAUUCAGGCGAUAAUCGUGAUUGCAUUCCUUAUGCUUGGAGAUGCGAUGGUCAGAAUGAUUGUCCUGAUAAGUCAGAUGAAAUGGACUGCCCAACGUGUAACAACGAUCAAUUCCGCUGUAACACGGGCGAGUGUAUAGACAAAAGCUUUGUAUGUGAUGGAACGACUCACUGUUCAGACGGCGGUGAUGAAGCGAUGUGCUGCAAUCCAGGAGAUUUUCAAUGUGCCAGUAAUCAUGUUUGUUUACCACAAACUGUCUUGUGUGAUGGCUGGGAUCAUUGUGCAGACGGUUCAGAUGAAACGAAUGAAUAUUGUCAUGUCGUCACAACAAAGCCACCGCCGUCUGAUAAGAAAUUAUUUGUUGUCAUUUUAAUAGUACUAGUUUUAAUAAUAUUUUUUGUCGUGUAUAUACUACAAAUAUGUCGUAACAAAUUUACUGAUACGAUUCGUGAACCAAAAGAGGAUCAAGCAUCAGCACCGCUUUCGCCCGGUGCCUUAAACUUAAAUAGUCUUCGAGUAACGAAGAUAACGUCUGUAGCUGACGCAGUACGGCUAACGACAAUGAGUAGGAAUAGUAUGAAUAGUUAUGAUAGAAAUAAUAUAACGGGAGCUAGUAGUUCCACAACAAAUGGAAGUCUAAUAGGAUAUCCAUCAAAUCCACCUCCAUCACCAGCCACAACAUCAACACUGCACAAUAAUUAUCCAUACAAACAUUAUAAAGUAAUAAAUCAGGCACCACCAACCACUCCAUGCAGUACGGAUGUUUGCGAGUCCGACUCAAAUUAUACGCCAAUAUCUGUAAAAAGUUCUAAGAGGUCUGCAGACAGCUGUUAUGGUGCAAAUAUUUAUAUGGGCAGCAUGAAUGGCAGUACCAAUAAUAAAUCAUAUUGAAUAUAGUUUUGUACAUAGAUUAUAUUAGAAAUUGUGAUAAAAAUUGAUAGCUUUUUCCUCGUGUAAGUACUUAAAAGUUAAACAAGUAAUCAAUCAAAUCAAAAAAUAAGUUAAAGCGCAUUUUUUAAACUCCUCGAUGCAAUAAAGAAAGUUCUUUGAAUUUAACAAUUGUGCCAAUUUAUAUGAAAAAGAAAGGAAAAUUAGAAAUUUUGUAAACCUCAGAGUAGCUAUUUAAGUAACAUUAGAAUGAUGUGUCUGAAUGUAACUGAAUCUGUGGAACCAAUGACAUGUGAUUAAGCAUUUAACUUGCCAAUGUAUCAAAAUUCAUAAGUCAUUCCACAAUCUAGCCAUUCAGGCAUAAAACACAAUCAAUAAUAUUUAAUUAUAAUACUUAAAGAACGAAAUGCCAAAUCAAUCAAUUUAAAGAUGUAGAAGAGAUUCAAUUUCUUUGUAGAUCUUUCUUUCUGAUGUAGAAAAAGACUUUAUAAUGUGCUAUUUAAUUAAGUGCCUCAUGCAUUUUUCUUCAAACCUAUAAUCAAUGAGUAUUAAAAUCAAAAAAUUUAACGGAAGCCUAUGCAAUUGUUAUUUGAGGUAUUAAACUAUUUUGAAAAAUUCUAUAGAUUUUAGAAAGUGACAUAUGAAAUUAUUAUAUCCGAAAUGAUUUUUUUGUGGGUGAUUUUGUUGGUUUUAAUCAGCUCUGGAUGUUAAAUGAAGAUUAUUAAAAAUUUGGAAUCAAAAUUAAAUGUAGUUAUGAAGGGACAAAAUUGUUGAGAUUAGAACCUGUCAAAAGAAAUCCCACAAAAGAAUCAGACUAUUAAAUUUUUGAUGAAAAAUUUGCAAAGCAUGGACAAGUGUCAAAUAGAAUAAAAAGACUGAAUUUAA